AUGUCUCAACAACCCAGUAACAGUUCUUCUUCAACUACCAUGCAUGACAUAAUAACUGAAGAGGCACCACCAGCAUAUUCACCCUUUCCAAAUUCAGGAGAGCAAUCCAUGGCUUUUGGCCCCACCCGUGCUUUUGAAACUAUUCCGUAUCAACCACCACAACAGAAUCAAUCUUCUAGGCCGUCAAAUAAUUAUUACCAAAGAACUCAACAACCUGUCAUUUACCAUCAGCAAGUAUCAACAAAUCCUCCGCCACUUCCUCCAAGAAAUAAUGCUACUAGUAAUUUAACACUUCGAUAUCCGGCAGGUUAUAUUUGCUCGACUUGCAAUAAUACGGGAUACAUUCGACAAAGAACACGAUGCCAACAAUGUUGGAAGUCAUUUGCCGUACCUAAUGUUAUAUAUGCCUCGCCUGGUGAUCCAGCUAUCGGAGGGCGACUAUGCACUCACUGUAGAGGAUCUGGGAGAGUUAGUCUCUUAUUUAUAGAGGACCUAUGUCCUAGAUGUCAAGGUGUCGGUAGAGUAUUCACGUAA